AUGGAUAAGCUCAUUGAAGUCUUAUACAGCUGCAUUAUAAAUCCUCAAUGUUUAUCUCAAGGUUCUUCUGUUUUAAAAGAAUGAGAAGUUCAGGCUGGAUAUUCUGCAACACUUUCAAAAAUUUUGCAUGGCUCGAUACAACUCCCACCUCAAAUCCCGGAAUCAAUGAAAUUUUUUAUUAGACAAUUUUCAGGCAUUCUUUUGAAAAAUUUCAUAUCUGAUUAUUGGAGCGAAUCUUCCCACAUAUCGCCACAAGAUAUGAGAGAAACGAGACAAGUUUUAAUGCAAUGUAUCAAAAUUGAUGAUCCUAAAUUGAAAAAUUUAGCAGUAAACAAUAAAUAGGUUUUGGCACUCUCUGGAAUUGUUCUAAGAGACUUCCCAGAUCAAUGGCCACUAUGUUUUGACAAUUUAUUACAGCUUGCAGAAGGUAAUGAUCUUGUAACAAUUAAUUCAAUUUUACCCGCUUUAGGCAUUAUUUUUGAUGAGUGUGAUGAUAGAUUAUCUCGAGCCACACAUCUGAUAUUCCCGGCUCUUUACAAAUUUUUUAAUCAGGCAGUAGCACAUAACAGCGCUCAAACAAAAGAAAAAUGCUUAAGUGUAGCUUCCAAGUGUUUAGAAAGCUUAUCCUGGGCUGAUGGCGUUGAUCAAGAACUUAUUUCGUCUUCAUUGGACUCAUCCUGGUCUAAUUGAUUUUAUCUCUUACUUGAAAUCCUCGGAUCUGAGGACUCAACAAUUGAAAUGAAAAGAUUAAGCCUUAAAAUGCUAACUACCUUUUUUAGAGAUUUCACUACUUAUUCUUUCAGUUGGUAUUAUCUAGUAAUUCAGCCAACAUGGACAAUAUUACACCAACUUGUUCCCUUAUACCAAGCAAAUGUGGUAUACUCUAAAGAAAUUCUUAUAAAUGAUGAGCUUGAGAAUGAAACUGAAGGAGUUGAAGGUCUCACGAUUCAACUCUUAGAGCUGAUCACAUCUCUUAUCAUAAGACCAGUAAUCGGCCCUCAAGUUGUGGGAGAACUUAAAGCACUUGUAAAUACUUUAGCUUGGUAUCUCCCUCUUACGGCUGAGCAAGAAGAUUUGUGGAGCAACGAUCCGAAUCAGUUCAUAUCUGAAGAAGAUAAUGAAGAAUAUUUGAAAUCGUCUAGAACUUCCUGCUUAAAGCUGAUUUCCGCUUUAGUUGAUUUGUUUGGGGAUGCUUCUAUUGAGUGCAUUGUAAGUGCUGUGGAAUCGAUACUCCGUAGCAUUUCACAAGAAUCCUCUGCUCCUUUAUUAUACUCCUCCAAUGAAGAUAUACAAAAUAUUAGUAACGGGAUUAAUCAACAUUUGCAAGAAAUAGUAAAAAAAUUUUCAAGUCAGCACAUAUGGAAAGCUAAAGAAGCUGCAGUUUUGUUAUUAGGAAGCAUAAGUACAGAUAUCAUCGGUUAUAAUUCUAGAGCUAGAAAAGCAGGAAAGCAGCCUCUGGAAGUUGCAAAUUUUUUUGGAUCAGUGAUUUUGUCUGAUCUUGCUGGGAAUGAGAGUAAAAAUCCCUUUUUGAAAGGAAGAGCGCUUUGGUGUGCUGCCAAACUUUCUGACAUUAUGGAUGCGAAUCAUCCAGACUGUGUUAACAUUUUCAGGAUUUGCUGCAAUGAAUUGAUACAUUAAAAUGACAUAGCGAUCCAGACUGCCCUUCUAACACCUGUGCUGGAGCUAUCCAGAGACCUUUAGAAGCAGAGCGUUCAAAAUAUGAAUCGGCCAUGUUUUACCUGAUCUGGUGAAAUGAAAUGUAGAAUUCAGCCGACUGCAUGCCUGCAUCCAGAGCAGGGUUUUACCUCAUGGGAAAUUGGUCCUUCAGAAUUGAAAAGAAGAGCCUAUCAGCGUUUUUGCUUAAUCGGACCACUUUCUAGCUCAAUAUCAGCGUUGCAAUAGGUUACAAAAUUCCAUUUCGGUUGGCAACCUGAUCAAAAGUUUGAUUUUUCAAUUUUCUCGAAGAGCAACUCCAUUGAAGCGCGCGGUACAGCGAUUCAGUCAAUGCACUCUUGGUGAACGAUCAAUCUUGGCUCAGAGGAGCCCGAUAACUGAUUUUUGGGUUGCCCAUCAGAUUUGGUUUACACCCUCCGGAUCGAGGUCGAGAAGAUGGCUGAGCACCAAAAAAGUAGAAGAACUAGUUGCUCGCGUGGUUAUGCGGGGGCCUCUCAAAAAGUUAGCUUAACUUAGCCUUACUGCAAUGCAUUAAAUGCAAAAGAGCCUAUCGCUGUGAGAUUGUCUGCCUGCUAUGCAAUACUUAAACUGUCACGAAAAUCAGCAUCAAGCAUAUCAGAAAUCAAUGAAAUUUUGCCAAACUUGUUAGUAAAUUUAGUUGCUCUUAUCCAAAGAUGCUCUCCUGAUAUUCUACACUUAGUUUUAGACACUUUCCAAGAAGUUCUGCCUUUAAAUUCAGAUAUAAGCAGCACAGUUCCCCAAUAUGCAUCUGGGAUUUUCUUGAAAUUGUUUUCUAAGCACUAUGGAGAAAGCAGCUUAAUAUCAAAAAUAUUUGCUAUAAUAAGAUACUGGUGUGAUUUAGGCAAGUGCAUGGGAUCUUUAUUAGAUGUAUUUUUACCGUUCGUUAUGAGCUUAUUUACUUUAUAUCCAGCUACAAGUAAAGAAAAGCCAGGCUCAAUGAGCUCAAACAGCACGAUGGGCUCUCAAGUUGAAUCACUGCUUAUUCUUCCUAGCUCUCUAGAGCUAAUGACUUUGUUUUUGAAGAAAUCAAAUGCAGAAAGCAGCGAAAGAAGGAAAAUUAUGGAUAUUAUUGAACCUUUACUAGACUUAUUAGGCAGGACAGAGGACAUUUCAAUACUUUUACAAGGAACUAAUUGUCUAAGGGCAUUUUGUGGGUUUUCUGCUGAAGAAGUAUUAAAAAGAGGUUUAGAUGAAAAAAUUAUAGAAACAGUAGCAAGCUUGCUCAAUCCUCUUAAAAAUGAAGCUGGGGCAUUGGGACUGGGAUAUUUAGUUAUCCAGGUAUUCAGCAAAAUCUCACCCAAAAUUGAUGAAGAUUUAUUAAUUGGCUGUCUGAACAAGCUUCAUCGUUGCAAAAUGCCAUCAAUUGUACAAGGACUUGUGCUGGUUUUUGCUCGGUUAAUUCAUUCCCAUAGUGCUGAAAUCCUCGGCUUUCUCUCCAGCCUUACAGUUGAAAGGCGAGUAGGAUUAAAAGUAUUACUUGACAAAUGGCUGAUUCACCAGCCAUUAAUCCGAGGCCGUUAUACGAAAAAUGCCACAAUUGCAGCUUUAGCAAGAAUUUAUACAUUAAAAGAUCAAGCAGUAGAAAGUUUGCUUGUUGUUGGUUACAACCCAUCUCAUUCCAAUGUAGGUUCAGAAGUAUUAGCGCCGUUCAAAAUUUUAUCCACAUUGAUACGAUGCCUAGACAAUGAAGCAUUUAUGCCUAAAAGAAAACAGCAAGAAGAAAUCGGGCUAAAUGAAGAGUUUCAAACAGUAGUGGAAGGCUCUGGGCUUGGAUUUAUAGGUGAUUAUGAAGAGCCUGGAGAAAGGAUGGAUACAAUUGAAGAUGAUAAAGACAGUGUUCAAGAAGACCGUGGAGAGCGAGAAGAUCCUAUGGAAUCAUUGAAAAAUGACUUGCUAAAAGAAAUAAAAGAAGAUUAUGAUGUAAGGGAUUUCCAAAUCCCAGUAAGUAAGGAUAAAGGAUUGGGAGAUUAUGAAACAGGCUCUGAAUGUUUGAUGUCUGAUAUGCUUGAUUUUGAUUAUGAAGAUAACGAUGACAUCAAUGACGAUAUUAAUGAAGACGACAUGUAUUCGCUUGGAGAUUGGUAUGGAGGAAUUACCUUGCAAACCUUUUUGCUAGAUUUCUUCAACAAUUUGAUUACGAAUGAUAAAGAAUAUCUAUUAGCAUGCAUGAAGCAUCUGUUGGCUGAAGAUAUUGCACUUUUCAAGAAGCAUUUCACGUUCUAG